AUGCCACAAAAGUAUGAAACUAAAAGCUUCCGGCUGUGUCGUUGUUGCUAUAAGUGGCGUUGUCAAUGUCUGAUACCACGAAGAAAGAAACCACAUCCGCCCUUCAAUAUUGGAUCGAAGCUAUACAGCGAUCUGGGUGUGCACCCCAACUUAAAAUCAUUUUCAACAACGUCGCCAGCUGUAGGUUCUUACUAUCCUCGGCCAAUCGAAUCCAAGUUCUACCCAAGAGCUAUUAGUUGGCAAAAACAACAAGAAGCGGAAGAGUUCUCUGCUGUGAUAGGUAGCAGGUGGACGAAAAGAAUAGCCAAGAAGUGCUUGAUUGAUACUGAACAUGGACCUGGAAGUCAUGAAAUAAUUCGCUGGCCAGAUAAUAUUUUGAUGGCACAUUGUAGGGUUUUACAAACGGACGUCGCUUUUGGUAUCGUUCCGCUGUUUGAGCCGAGUUAUAAAUCUACCACGCCUGGUCCAGGAUACACACUUCGAACGCACAAUCCUUAUUAUUACUUGGACCAGAAGAAGCUGAAAGCUUUUUCUCGUAUACCUUCUUUUGAGUUUGAUGGCCUGACGCCUAGAUUCCAAGAAACUAUAAGAAGUUGGUCUCUUCCUUGUACUAGAUACAGCGUAAAGCAUCCAAAUUCACUGCAAGCCUUUCUCGAAAAAAUCACGGGCAAAAGAGGACCUUACGAUCUCUUUACAGGACCGAGAGAUGAGACUACUGUGAAAGGAUAUUGGACGCAUCCAAAGAAAGAAUAUAACAAUUGGCCGCUGAAAUUGUCAGGUGAAAUCGAAAAGCUUUCGAACAAAUGCAACUACUUUAAAGGAAAAUGGGCUUUGAAUGCUAGAUUCACGAAGAAACCGGUUGCAAGAUCGCUGAUACAAGAUAUCAGCACGUGUUACAGAGAGCCCGAUGAACCAGGACCUGGGCAUUACAAUCCUCGGACGCUGCGAAAACCGAGGACGCUCAAAAGAUAUUCCUUCGAUAGCAACAUAGAAUAUAUACGACCGCUUCCGCCAGGCGGUAUUCGUCCUGGACCAGGCAGAUAUGAGACUCAACAAGACUGUCCUAUAAAAGGAUAUGGGUGGACGUGCGUUUUCAAGAGCAAGGUGCCCAGAACGAUCGGCGCCAUUAUUCCGCCGUCGUAUAGAGAUUUUUAA